GGAAUUCGAAAUAUAAAUGUUAUCAACAGAAACAUUAAUUUUUGUGUAAGCAGAACGCAUAAAGCAAUGUCUUAACCAUCCUAGCUUUUAUCUUGUUUACCCAGUCGAACCACACACUACACGUAAAGUGUAGAUAAAUCUAAUGAUAAAAUCAUAAGCUACUUAUUCGUUUCGUUGUAUACACGCAUAUCACAUACACAUCAAUAGCAUUAUUAUUUGCAAUAAUAAGACAAUGCCUCUUGAUGACGAUUAUCAGAAUCUGUCCACGACUGAGAAGAUCCAUAUUGCCUGCGCAAAUGGUUCUCUGGUUGAACUAGAAACAAUUUUAAAUUAAAUUCAGUCAAGUGAACUCGAUCGUCAUUUGAAUCAUUGUACCUAUGGUACAACAGGAGACUUAACUCCGCUAAUGGCUGCAUCGGCUAAUGGACGAGAGUCAAUCGUACGUUUUCUACUGGAAAACUAUGGUAAUCAUUUACAGAUUGAUAAAGAGAGAAUAAUUUUUGCCGAAGACGCUUUUGAUCAUAGCGAUUAUUUUUAUUGUAAGCAGACUGCUCUUUGUCUUGCUACUGAAUACAAACAUCUUGAUAUUGUUCGUACACUCGUAUCGUUGGGUAAACCCAAUGUUAAUCAUCGUGCAAUCUUAGAGUGGCAGAUAAAGUGUACACCAUUAUACCUGGCAUGUAAAAAUGAACAAUUGGAGAUGGUGAAAUAUCUCAUAGAGAACGGAUCUGAUAUAUACAAUGUAGAUACAAACGAAUCAACAGCUCUGAUGAUUGCAUGUAAAUAUAAGCACGAUGAACUAGUAGAAUAUUUGCUAAGCUUAGACGAUGCCACUCAUACUCUUGUAAAUGCAGUAGAUAAAUGUGGAUCGACUGCAUUACAUGUAGCAGCUUCUGUGGGAUCUUUGAAUAUUGUUCGAUUAUUGUUGGAAAAGUAUCAAGCAAAAAUUGUCAAGAACAAUGAAGCACAAACUGCGUUCACAAUGGCUGUACAAGAAAUAUUUAUUGAUCAUUUAGAUGGAAUUCAAAUGCGAGAUGUUGUCAAAACUGUUAGCAUAAGUCGAACAUGGAAACGUGUAUAUGAAUUGGGUCAAUCAUUAAAUUCGAAUUGGCCUAUUCAAAUGCUCUGUGAUGCUCAAAUACAAAAUGAACGUCGACGUAUUAUUCUUAGUUCAGUUGUUCGAAUUUUUAAUAAUUCAACAUUACCAUUACUGAUUUUAAAUGUCGAUUCAAUUGAUCCGAGAAACCGUCAUCGAGUAGCAAGAAUUGAAGUUAAUAAAGAUUAUCAUGUACCAAUUGAUUUACUUUAUGCCUAUUCAAGUUUACCGAUAUUUAUUGGAAUUGACGAAGGUGAAGAAGUAAAUGAUUUUUUUUCAUUUGAUUGGGAAAAAGAAUUUGCAGAAGAACGAAUGCUAAAAUUAAAAAAUGGAAAUGAAGCAAAUUUUAUCGUUUUUAAAGAAUUAAUUAUGGCUUAUACAGAAAAUACUGAUCAACUUGAUCGAGCAAGUUUUAAUCUUCAUAUUCAUUCAGCACUUCAUUUAACGAAUCUUUUACCAAUUGAUAUUGAAUGUUCAAUUGAUAAUGUCGAAAAAUGUGCUUUAAAACCAAGUCAAUUGCAUUUAGUUACAUCUGGCAAAAGAAGUUCUAAUUUAAUUUUUACAAUUCCAUCAUAUGAUAAUAUCAAAUGGAUAUCUGAACCGGUUGAUUUAAAAAUUGAAGGAAAAAGUGAUAAAAAUGAACAUCUUAAAAUGAUUUUACGUGUUGAUGCUUAUCAUGAAUCAUAUCGUUUAUUAUUAUUUUCACCAUUUUGGAUUCUUAAUUGCACAGAUCUUAAAAUUGAUUUUCAAAUUGAAAAUAAUCGAACAUUUAUUGAUGUUAUUGAAAUACCCUAUUUAAUUUGUCCAGAAAAUAUUGCAAGUGAAACAAGCAAAAAAGGACAAAUUUUUAUUCAUGAGAGUGAACAAAGUGAUACAACAGUGGCAAAAUUGUCGGAAAAAUUUUCUCUUGAUGUUAUUAAAAGUACCGGUUUGACAAGUUGUAAAGUAUCCAAUAAUCGAAUAUAUAUGAUUUGUGUGGAUAUUGCAACAAGUUCAUUUGGUUUAACAAAACUUGUUACCCUCUCACCUGCAAUGGUUAUUAUUAAUAAAUCAACUAUUGGAAUUGAAAUAAUAGAAACUGCAUCUGAUCAAAAACAAAAUAAAUGUGAAUCAAUAAAUCCUGAACAAUUAAUUCCAUUUUGGCCACGCAAUACAAAAGAUAUUACGGCACGUAUUCGUUAUGCAGAUAAUCAGAUAACAUCAAGUCCAUUUAAAAGGACUCAAAAGCAUCGAGCACUUUUACGUAUGGAUGAUGAAGAACGUCCAGCGAUUUUUGUUGAAGUCACAGCAACAGAUUUUGAUGGUGUCAAAAUUAUUUUUGAAGAUUAUGAAAUUGGUGAUAUCACCUUUACUUAUUGUAAAUUGCUUACUCAAUGA